AAUGACACUAAAAUGCAGUUUUUAAGUCUCAUGAUUAAAUAGAAAAUGAGGCUAAUACCUGCAGAAAGGUCCAGUUUUUGAGACAAAAAAGUACCACCCCUUUCACUGACACAAAAAAGUCACUUAACUAUUGGAUAUCAUUAAUAAUAACCAUCUAGCAAUCUAAAAGCUGAAAUUGAUAGAAUGUGGUUUAUAUAAUUCAAUAAACAGAAUCUAUUCAUCAGAUGGAACCAGUAAAGAAAGAAAGAAAGAAAGAAAGAAAGAAAGAAAGAAAGAAAGAAAGAAAGAAAGAAAGAAAGAAAGCACAAAACUCCAUGUUCAUGCAUAUGUACAUGUAAAUGAUGUAAAAUGCACGUGUUUGUGUGUAAGAAAAUGACAGACUGACUGAGCAAAGCAGAAUUCCCCACCCAGCACGAUUUACCGCAAUCACGACACACCCAGACACAACAGCUGUACAAGCCGCCACACACACACACACGCACACACCUGUGGGACUGUUCCCAAAAGGAUGCAUCUAAUUACGGAGAUGGUCACAAUUACUUUUUAGAUAAAGCAAUGUGUGUUAACAAUAACUUUGCUGGAGGUAUAAUGAAAGAGAGUAGAACAGGCCCUCUGAAUUAAGGGAGGAUCAAAAGCACGGACAGUGUUUAAACAGCUCUUUCAGUGUCCUCCAGCAGCUGUUUUUCUGUGGCCAGUACAGUUACGUCACAUGAAAUCGUGGUCUGAGCCAGUGAAACGCGUUUGUUAACGGCUGAGUUGCGCUCAGCUGGAUUUCAAUGGAAACGGGAGCUCGCGCAGGGGGGCUGACAGACCGGUUACCGCGCUCCAUUCGUGAUGACCGCAUUUCUUCAGGGCACCGCGGGCGCUGGAGCUUAUUGAUGCGCGCGCUCGUCGCUCGCUCCCUUUUGAGUCAUUCUGUGAGAGCAAGACGUGUCUGUCCGUUCCUUCCGUCAGACUGCUGAAAAAAAGAGGAGGAGAGGGAAAGAGGGAAAAUUGAGAGUACUGUGUGUGUGAAUCAUCCGGGAAUCCAUCUUUAAAUAAAGGAACCGUAAAGGCAUGUAAACGCGCAAAGAGGAGGAAGCACGCGAGGCUCGUUUUUAGGGAAUUAUUGAAUUCACAAUUGAUUUGAAGCUAUGAUACAACGUAAGGGAAGCGGUACUAUGAGCGUCAUGAGCGGCAACGCGAACUCCACCGUCGUGCAUCCUCCCGGUGGCCGGAGUCGCGGAGACGCGCGUUACCCGCAGCACCAGCCCCACCAGAGCGGCUCGAUGGUAAAGCCCCAAAACGAGCCCGCGGAGCUGGUCAAACGAGCCCUGGAUUUUAAAACGCAGGGCACACAGUGCUACAAGGACAAAAAAUACCGCGAGGCCAUCGGCAAGUACCACCGCGCGCUGCUGGAAAUGAAGGGUCUGUGUCGCGUGCUCGGGGACCCGGACACCAGCAAGUCUCCGUCCACCGUCCUGACUGCCAUCAGUAAAUCCAGUCUGACGGACGAGCAGAAAGGCGCGGUGGAGAACGCGGAGCUGGAGUGCUACAACAGUCUGGCAGCUUGUUUGUUGCAGAUGGAGCUGGUGAAUUAUGAACGAGUGAAAGAGUACUGUCUGAAGGUUUUGAGAAAGGAGGGCGAGAAUUUUAAAGCUCUGUAUCGCUCUGGUGUGGCGUAUUAUCAUCUGGGAGACUUCAACAAAGCCCUGCACUACCUGAAGGAGUCACACAAGCAACAGCCCACAGACACAAACGUCAUCCGUUACAUCCAGCUCACGGAAAUGAAAAUCCGACGAAAUGCCCAGAGAGAGAAAACAGAAGUUCCAUAAAAACAAACAAACAUGAAAAAGGCAACUCCCGCUCGACUAGCUUUGCACUGCGGACACCCCACACUUCCCUCAUCGCACUCUCAGUGGACGAGGUUUGGCAUUUUCACAGAAGACUUUAUUCCAGCGCGGGUCAACACACCUGUCUCAGUCCUGUCAGAAACAGACUGAAGAGCUGAAUCAGGUGUGCGGUGCCCUGAGUAGAUUCUGUGUGGAGACCAGGAAUGGAGGAUUUCAGCAGCAUUUAUCAUAGCUUUUCAAGUACACUAGUGCUGUCAAAAUGUUUGCUUUUAGUACUUGGUUGUAUUUUAGUACCGAAAACUGAACAGAUGUCACUAGUCUCUCAUGAUGGUUGCGAUCUGACGUUGUGCUCUACUUAACACCCUCAGAUCAUCUUGUGGCUAAUAGUUUACACAUUCCUGCAGCUUUUUUUUCUGUGUUUUUUCAUAUUGCUUUCAGAUUCUGGCAAUGAUGUUUUCAUUAGAGGUGAUUUCUAAAUCAGUUUUGCUGUGAACACAUGAAGCUCCAAGUGCAAUUAAGUGUCACUACUAGUGUCAUAUGCCACCAACUCUUCACUAAAAACCCACAUUUAAAUCGCAGUGGGUAAGAUCUUACAUGAUUACAUGAGUGUAAUCAUGUAAUUCAAAUACACACACACAUUCUUGUAUGGUAUAUGUGGUUUAUGAGGACUCUUCACAGGUGUAAUGUAUUUUAGACUGAAAACAUGUAUUAUAUUACCUUACCCUACUCCUACCACUAAACCGAUAUAUCAAAUGCAACCCAGGCUCAUUAUUGAUAAGUACCCCUGUAUACAUUUCUGUAGAUCACAAAAUACGUCUCAGGAGAUACUCUUUUUUGCAGUUUUUCUUUCUGCAAAUCCACCAGAGGCAACUGUGUAUGCUUUCAAAACUCAAAUUUCUCUUGUGUGUCAUUUGCGCCUACUAUUCUCGCGUAAAUUCACCAGAGGCCGCUGUCGAAUGACUGACUGACGACCGAUAAACCCACCCACCCCUUUUUCCUAAUCCAACCGAUAGUGUUUUCAAAAGCACUGAAUAACCCGCCCACUGCCAUCCUUAAACCCAACCAAAGUGUUUCCAAAAGCGCUGAUUAACCCGGCCACUGCCUUCCUUAAACCCAACCGAUAGUGUUUUCAAAAGCGCUCUGAUGAAUCAGCUGAGUAGUUAUGCAACUAGGAAUCACUGGUGACAACAAUACCACGUGACCACACAGCUGUAAAAGGUAAACACAGAACUGUCAGUCUUGCAACAACGCAACCACACACACACACACACACAGACCCAUAAACCGUGACACCUUCGCGGCUACCUGAUUUGACUGCGUUUUCAGAUCUUACCAUGUUCUCACCCUGUUAUUUACUAUUUAUUUUUUGCCUUUGGUUUUUGUUUUACCUGCUUUCUGGAAUCGUUUUUUGCUAGACUCGAACACGGUCAACAACGGUGACGUACAUGGCGAGCUUCUGGGCAAACUGGUAACAGUGGAAAAGCCAUCCACACUGAGUUUCCAGUGGUCAGUUGGUAGCGCAAAAAGAAUCAAAAGCCGUCGGUGACGUCAUACCACCCCGUAGGGUUCUCUUUAAAAUCAAAAUGCAGCCAUAAGUAGCUCUGGCUAUAUAAUUUGGGCUUUCCAGAAAUGUUUACAGGGUAUUUUUUCACAAUGAGCCUGUGUUGACCAAACAAACAAAAAAAGUUUAUAGUUUCAUAUUAUGCUUUGUCAUUUAUAUUGUAGUUUCGCAAAAUACAUUGUUUAUGGUACAACCUUUUAUAAUCGAUACAGACAGAAACAUGAAAAACAGCAUCAUGCGAAAGUUGCAAUCUUGAAAUUACGAUGUUUAUAUUUGGCUUUUUUAGUCAUUUUUUAUUGUUUAUUUUCACGUUGGACCUGUAAUAAUUUAGUUUUAGAAGUAAUAUAUUUGAUUUAUGUUUAUUUAAUAUUUCUACAGUUUUUAACCAAACAUCCGCUCUGAAGAUCACAUUUGAAUGAGUAAUUUUCCUAAGCAUAUACCUUAAAAUGUCAAAAAGAAUUAGUCUUUUAUAUGUGGUCAAUAUAUGUACAGUAAACUACUAAUUAAUUGAAUUUGCAUAAAUGGUACUAUACUGUGAUAUAUAUCUUCAUUAGGAUAUGAUAUGACAUGAGAUUUUUAUCACAUCUCCCAGUCCUGUUGUUAAAUAUGAUUUUUAAGCACUUUUGAAUUACGAGGACACAAUGUCCUCAUAAACCACCUUAACAUUGUCAUACCCAUAACAUUAUACAAACGAGUCCUCAUAAAAACACACACAUGGUGGACAUGAGUGUAAGCAUGUGAAUCAAGCACAGUCUGACACGCAUACAAAAGCAUGUAGGAGUACAAAUAAACUGUGGUCAUUGUUUUGUGUAAGAGUGCGUGCUUUUUUAUUCACACUCGGAUUCUGAUUAAAUAUGUUUGACGUACAUUUUUUUCAUGCUGACUGAAACGGGACUCUGUUUUUCAACUCUUUAUUAUGGGUUUUUACUAAAAGUGUAAGGUACACAAAACAUUCCAGUUCAGCGCUCUAUUCUGGUUGCUAUGGUGAGGCUGCAUGGAAAUCAUCCUUGGAGACAGAUGGGGAUGAUGGUGUUUCAGCCAUGCUUGCUCGCACAGAUCUGUCAAAUGUUAAACAAAAUAUUCACUGUUCAUGUUGAAACGUCUAUAUCAAUUAACUGUUGUUUAUGUAUUUAGUUAUUGUCAAAUCUGCAGUAAUUUAGACCAGAGAGGUUUUUAUUACUGAAUAUAAUAAUAAUGCACACUAAAUAAAUGAUACUUAAAGGGU